CAGCAGCGAUGGCCGGCCACGAAGACACAGACUUUAGUUGUUUUGGCGGUGCAGAGACGCUCCCACCCAAUGUUGACAAGCGUACUCCCCGCCGCACUGUCGUCGUGGCCCCGUCGAAAAAGGAUGACGGGAGAUCACACCCGGGACCACCUCUCGAUCCCGCCGACUUUCUCUGGAUGAUGACAGAGGAGCCCCACCGCACGCGCCGAACCGCCAUCAUGAAGGCACACCCGGAGGUCACCAAACUGAUGGGCUACGAGCCUCUCACAAAGUACGUCGUUUUCGGCGUCGUGUCGCUGCAGGUGUCCAUUGCAAUAUACCUUCGCCACACACAUCCUCUCUCAUGGACGUUCCUUGCAUUGGCAUACAUUGUCGGGGGUACCGCCAAUCACAAUCUCUUCCUUGCUAUCCACGAGAUUACACACAACCUCGCGUUCAGGGGCGUGAAUGCAAACAGGGCACUCGCAGUCCUUGCCAAUCUCCCAAUUGGAGUACCCUACGCUGCCGCGUUCAAGAGGUAUCAUCUGGAACACCACAAACAUCUCGGAGAAGAUGGGAUCGAUACAGAUCUCCCUACGCGUUUCGAGCUGUUGUGCCUCAACAACGUACUUGGGAAGACCUUCUUUGCAACUUUUCAGAUCUUCUUUUACGCGUUGCGUCCUACCUUCGUGCGUGCGCAGACGCUCACAAAGUGGCAUUUCAUCAACGUCGUCGCUCAAGCAAUUUUUGACUACAUCCUCGUGCGAACGUUCGGCGUGAAACCCUUGUUGUACCUCCUCUUCUCAAGUUUCUUCGCGGGUAGCCUACAUCCAUGUGCCGGUCAUUUCAUAGCGGAGCACUACGUCUGGGAUGGCCUCAACCAAGAAACAUACAGUUACUACGGCGCACUAAACUUGUUAGCUUACAACGUCGGUUACCACAACGAACAUCACGAUUUCCCGUCCAUCCCAUGGACGCGUUUGCCCGCUCUUCGCGCCCUUGCGCCCGAGUUCUACGACACCCUUCCGUCUCACCCUAGCUGGCCGAUGGUAAUCAUCAACUUCAUCAGAGAUAAGGAGGUCGGGAUAUUCGCACGUGCAAAGCGGCUGGCGAAGGCUAGCCAACUUACGGGCAUGGUGCCAAGUCCCAUUUCGAGUUCUUGCAACGAUACCAGCAAUUGAGACUGGUUGGGCUCGUCAGGGCCGUAAAACGUACUAAUGGACUCUGUACAUACCAUUCACACUCAUACCCUCGCGCUUGUGCGCAAACUAUGGGCUUUUUCUGGCGAUAUACCAAUAACGGUGAUAGGGUUCCGCCUUGGAAUGAUGUCAGUGCCACGAAAAUCACAGGAAGAUACCAAGUCAAAUUUGUUAUGCCCCCUAUCCCUAACAUAUAAAGCAGUUGCGCACUCCGGUCAAGCUCGAGUCUCACCUUCUCAACCGAUUAUCACAGUGCCCAGCGAGAUAUUUGCGACCCAUGACGGCAAAACGCACAUACAGUACUAAU